ACUCAGGGGCGUCUGCGCGGAGAACAAGACCAGCUAUGCAAUGGACAUCGCACUCCGAAGAAUGCCCGAGUUUAACUGCACACCGAAUGUUUUCUCCUAUAGCAUUCUUCUCAAAGGUCUCUGUGUUGAGAAGAGAAGUCAAAAGGCUCUUGAGCUUAUUCACAUGAUGGUUGAUGCUGGAGGUAGCUGCCAGCCUAAUGUGGUGUCCUAUAGCACUGUAGUUGAUGGCCUGUUGAAAGAGGGUGAGGUGAACAAAGCUUACAGCCUACUUUGUGAAAUGAUACAUCAGGGGAUUUAACCGAUGUUGUGACGUAUAGCUCAAUCAUCUCUGGCAUGUGCAAGGUUCAAGCAAUGGAUAAGGCCGAGGAGGUCCUUCAACAGAUGUUUGAUACAGGUAUUCUGCCAAAUAUUACUACAUAUAAUAGUCUGAUACACGGAUAUUAUUCAUCAGGACAGUGCGAAGAGGUGGCUCAUAUUUUCAAGAAAAUGUCUAGGAAUGGUGUUCAGCCAGAUAUUGCAACUUACACCAUACAGAUGGAUUAUCUUUGCAAGAGUAGAAGAUUUGCGGAAGCUAGAACUAUUUUUGAUUCUAUGGCCGGUAAGGACCAAAAACCGAAUGUUGCUAGCUACAGUAUUCUGCUUCAUGCGUAUGCUAUGGAACAGUCAGUCCAUGAUAUGCAUUGUCUCAUUGAAUUGAUGGUAGAAAAUGGUAUUGCACCAAAUCAUUCUGUGUACAACAUACUGAUAGUUGCAUAUGCUAAGGGGAAAAUGUUUGAUGAGGUAAUGCAUAUAUUUACAAAAAUGCGGCAGCAAGGAUUGAACCCAAAUGCUGCGAGCUAUGGAACAGUAAUAAACUUACUUUGCAGUAUUGGCCGAAUGGAUGAUGCUAUGUUGCAAUUCAAUCAAAUCAUAACUGAAGAAUUAGCUCCUGAUAUCAUAGUUUUCAACACUCUUAUAAGUGGUUUUUGUUCUUGUGGAAAAUGGGAGAAGGUUCAUGAACUACUUGCUGAAAUGUUGAAUCGUGGCAUCUAUCCCGACAACGUGUUCUUCAACACAAUUAUGGAUCACCUUUGCAAAAAUGGAAGGGUUAUGGAAUCCCAAGAUCUCGCUGACCUGAUGAUACACAUGGGUUUGAAGCCUGACAUGCAUACUUAUAACACACUGAUGGGUGGAUACUUUUUCAUUGGUAAGAUGGAUGAAGUGAGGAAGUUACUUGACCAUAUGGUCUCAAUUGGCAUGGAACCAGAUGUUGUCACCUAUAACACACUGAUUGAUGGUUACUUUAAGAAUGGAAUGAUAGAUGAUGCGUUAGCUAUUUUCAGUGAAAUGCUGGACAAGAAAGUUAAGCCUUGUGUUAUCACUUAUAACACAGUGCUGCAUGGGUUAUUUCAUACUGGAAGGACUGUUGCUGCAAAUGAACUCUAUCUCAGGAUGAUUGACAGCGGAAUAUGUGUGGAUAUUGUGACCUACAACAUAAUUCUCAGUGGUUUGUGUAGAAAUAACUGUGUGGAUGAAGCACUAAGAAUGUUUCAAAACCUGUGUUCAACAAAUUAUCAACUUGAGAUCAGGACUUAUAAUAUUAUGAUUAGUGCAUUGCUUAAAGUUGGCAGGAAGGAAGAAGCCACAGGUUUGUUGGAUGGAAUCUCGGCCAAAGGAUUUGUGCUCGAUGCUGUUACGUAUAGAUUAAUGAUACAAAGCUUUUAGAAGAAGGAUCUCUGCAAGAAUGGUUUGCUGCCGACUCCCGUAUGUUAAAUGCCAUCGUUAGAAUGUUACUUCAAAAAGAGGAGGUGCCCAGUGAGGAAAUUGAUGAGAGGAGCUUCACCCUUGAAGCUUCCGCAGCUGGCUUGUUGACUGCACUUACUUCAGGGGGAAAUGCCAGCAGUAUCAGAGAUUUCUCCUAAAAAAUAUUAUUCUUUUCUGGAAUAGGGAACUGGUUGAAACCUUUUCUAGUGAUUUUAGCUAAUCGAGGGCAGAACAUUUCUUUGCAGCCAAGGAUGCGCUUCGUGAAGGUGCAAAUAAGCUUCUGAAUCAAGUUAUGACGGUGAUGAAUGCUCAGACUACAGGUGCAAGAGAUGCUGAUGUAUUAGGCAGACAUGCAGUCAGGUACAGAUAAGCUGAUGUACUGAGCUGACAUGUUGCCAGUUGCAGCCAAGGAUGCGCUUCUUGAAGGUGCAAAUAAGCUUCUGAAUCAAGUUAUGACGGUGAUGAAUGUUCAGACUACAGGUGCAAGAGAUGCUGAUGUAUUAGUCAGACAUGCAGUCAGGUACAGAUAAGCAUGCUCUGUGUGAAAGGGGCUCACAAACUUCUGAAUGAAGGAGCGAUGGUGAUGAGUUCUGAGACUGCAGACUACAGGUGCGAUGCUAUCGCUCUGGGGAUAUGCGGUACGUGCCUCAGACUUGCUGGUACAUGGCCUUCGUCCAUUGCGGUUCAGUUUUAGCUUGCUGUGUGGUCUCUGUUACUUUGCAGCUU